CCUAAACGCUCUGUUUAGCCCUAAAACAGAGCAGUGCGCGAGAUCCAAGCAGCGCAAUGGCGGCAUCGGUGGUAGCAGCCAAGGCCGGGCCAUCGCUCCUCCAGCCCAAGCUCGAUGCCUCUGCAGGAUCGUCCGCCAGCCUCCGCCCGGUGUCGGUGUCCAAGGCAUUUGGAUUGCGCAGCAAUGGAGGAGGAGCGCGCCUCACUUGCUCCAUGGAGGACAUUGUCAAGAGGGCCACGGAUGUGGGCAAGGUCGCCGUUGCCACUGCCGCAGCCACAUUGCUCGUCGCGGGGACCGCCGCCGCGAAUCCAAAGCGCCUCACAUACGACGAGGUCCAAGCCCAGACGUAUCUCGAGGUGAAAGGCAGCGGCACCGCCAACCAGUGCCCGAUCCUGUCCGGUGGCGACGAAGGAUUCAAGUUCAAGCCCGGCAGCUACAGCGUCAAGAAGUUUUGCCUCGAGCCCACGUCCUUCACCGUGAAGAAGGAGUCGCCAUUCAAGGGUGGCGGCGAUCAAUACGUCGACACCAAGCUCAUGACGAGGCUGACAUACACGCUGGACGAGAUCGAGGCCGACUUGAGCGUGGACGAGAAGGGAAACCUCAAGCUGGUGGAGAAGGAUGGCAUCGACUACGCUGCGGUUACCGUCCAGCUCCCCGGAGGCGAGCGAGUUCCAUUCCUCUUCACCAUCAAGGAGCUCGUAGCGACUGGCUCCCCGGAUGGAUUCAGUGGAAGCUUUCUGGUGCCGUCUUACAGGGGCUCCUCGUUUCUAGACCCCAAGGGACGCGGUGGAUCCACCGGGUAUGACAAUGCGGUGGCGUUGCCGGCCGGAGGCGCUGGUGACGAGGAGGAGCUCGGCAAGGAGAACCUCAAAGAUACCUCGGGGUCGACUGGGAACAUCACCUUGAAGGUGGCGGAGAGUAACACCGCCACUGGAGAGAUUGCCGGGGUAUUUGAGAGCAUCCAGCCCUCGGACACGGAUCUGGGAUCGAAGGCUCCCAAGGAAGUGAAGAUCCAAGGUAUAUGGUACGCGCAACUUGACUAAAGAAAGAGUCACAAAAUCAGAGAGGAGAGAUGAUGUCCGGAUGUUUGAUCAGGAGAAAAUCCUUGCAUAAGAAGGCUGUCAUCUUCUCAAACGAGCGAUCUCACAUUGUAAAGUCUCAAAUCCUUUUUAAACUACAAAGCUGUUCCAAGAUUC